AUGUCUCCGAAGCGUAGCUUAUCUCGCAGUCGCUCGGUGGGUCCACGGAAACGCAUGAAAGGGAAAACAGAAGAAUCCAGCGUUGAGGGCAUAUCGCUAAAGGAUUGGAUGGAGAUACAGAUCAGUCUGCGGCAUCGUCUUGUGAACCAAGAGACGCAGAGGAUCUCCAGACUAGGCCCAUGCAAGAGCGGCAACGGUGCUCGAGAGGCGGCAGACGCUUUACUGAAAUUAUUGAAACAGUCGGCUGACCUCGGUGAAUCCGUGAGCGCGGUACUGAUAGGUCCAGAAGGCUGUGGUAAGAGCGCUGCCCUCGCUGCAGCGGUAGAAGAGUUGAGGGAACAGAAGCCCGAUCUCAAGGUCAUAGUCGUCCAUGCUAAAGGGUCAACAUCAUCCUCCAACGAUACCGCAGUCUUGCGUGAUCUUUAUCUCAAGUUGGUACAUGAGAUCCAAGGCAGAGAGGCGUCCUUGGGGCUUAGCAGUACAGCUCCUAGUCGUCAGGGAUGGACCUUCGCUGACUACAUGGCAAAGGUCGAGAAACUAAUCAAAGACAGCAAUGAGGAAUUAAACUGCAUGGUUAUCGUAGCCGUCGACAGAUUCCAUGCCUUCUGUCAUACAGCUGCCAAACAGACGCUUCUCUACAAUUUAUUCGACGUCAUGCAGCGACCGGGUAUCCGACUUGCCUGUGUUGGCAUGACUAACCGAGAUGACGUCACGUUUAUGUUGGAGAAGCGGAUCAAGUCUCGCUUCCAAUUAAGAAUGAUACAAGUGCAUCCCCCACCAACAAUAGAUGAGACACGAGCCGCCCUCAUCGCACAGUUCUCGGUGAUGGAGGCCAAACCACUGUCCCAGAAGUACAAUGCAUGGUUGAGAGAGUCAUUGGAAACUGAAGCUGCCACGAAGUUCAUACGUCAACGAGUUGACAGAACAGUCAGCAUGAAGGAGUUCGUUCUCGAUCUGUUAGAUCGCUUAUCCACGCCCCCUGGAGGCCGCCUACUCUUCUUCCCGCCCAUUUCGACUGUGGAUGGCUUCUCUAACAUGCUCUUAUCAGGUAUCAUCCAUGAGCGCUUCAAGGGUUGGGCGACAGAAAGCAUCAUACAAAAGCAGGUUGAGGGUCUCGUAUAG